AUGCAAAGAGAGAUUGAAGCCCUUAGGGGAAAAGAUCUAUUUGGGAAUAAUGCCCACAAUCUCUGCCUUGUGCCGAAUGUCAAAAUACCUGUCAAAUUUAAAGUAUAUGACUUUGAAAAGUACAAGGGGGAUUCUUGUCCGAGGAUACAUUUAACUAUGUAUGCCCGAAAAAUGUCCACUCAAACUGACAACCACCAGUUGCUAAUUCAAUACUUUCAAGAUAGUCUGUUUGGUGUCGCUCUCAAGUGGUACAUGAACUUGGAUAGUGCCCAUAUCCGCACAUUCAACGAUCUAGGUGAAACUUUCAUCAGGCAGUACAAAUACAAUGUCGACAUGGCACCGGACAGAGAUCAACUCCGAGCUAUGUCCCAAAGAGACAAGGAAACUUUCAAGGAAUAUGCACAAAGAUGGCGCGAGGUUGCCGCCCAGAUUUGUCCUCCUCUUGAAGAAAGCGAAAUGACUAAGAUCUACUUGAAGACUCUAAGUUCUUUCUACUAUGAAAGAAUGAUAGCAAGUGCACCAAGUGACUUCACUAACAUGGUGAAUAUGGGGAUGCGUCUCGAAGAAGGUGUCUGUGAGGUACGAUUGGUUAAAGAAGGUGGUUCAUCUAGCGGAGUUAGAAAGUUCAGAGUUGGGUUCCCUGAGAAGAAAGAGCAAGACGUCAGUGCGGUGGUACACAGAAGACUAACGCAGAUAUAUCAACAACAACAUGUUGCAGCGGUAGAUCCAGCCUACCAACCACAAUUCUUACAACAAUCUCAACCAUAA